AUGUUAGAAAACUACAAUUCCCAGAAAUCAUUGCGCCUCUUACUACAAACAAAGGCUUUUACAAACGCACGAAACGCGGCGCAUUUAUGAAGAAGUAAGUCUUCAUUAUGCUGAAGAAAACGGUGCAGUCUUAAAAGAGACAAGUGCGGGCGACAAGUGUAACCGCAAAAUUGGAUACUGUCCGAGUCCUCGCGUGAUUUCACGCUUCCGGAAGUUGGAACGGCAUGAAAAAGAGAGCUGUCCAGGGUGCUGACACUGCUUAUUCUAGAUGGCAAUAUUUUAUAUCUUUUCAGAACUAGUCAAGAUGGAUGAAUGUCAAGACUUCUGCUGUACAACCAACGCCCUCAACUCCACUAACAGCAGCAGCUGCCCUCCCUGCAAGAAACCUGAUGACAUUCCAAAAUCUAAUGGGCUCCCAGAGCACAAGACCCUGCUGCGGGUAUCUGAAUCGCAUGGACUUCAGCUACUGGGUGUGCUCAGAUCAUUCAGGGAGAGAGGCUUGUUGUUUGACUUCACCAUCAAGGCUCAGGAACGCAGUUUUCCUUGUCAUCGUUGUGUCCUUGCCGCAUGCAGUGAUUUCUUCAGGGCCAUGUUUGAGGUAGACAUGCGAGAACGAGGAGAUGGGUCAGUAAACCUGGCUAACCAGUGUCCAGCAGCAGUGGGUUCUUUCCUGGACUUUGCCUACUCUGGAGAGACACUCAUCACUGACACUAAUGUAGACAUGAUAUUUCAGCUGGCCUCAUUUCUUCAGGUUUCAGUGCUCUCCAAAGCAUGCAGUGAUUUCCUGAUAGGAACCAUGGAUCUGUGUAACUGUCUGUCCCUUUUGUCACUCGCUGAGGCAUAUGGAUCAGCCUCUCUACUCAAAAGUGCUGGUAAAUUUGUGGUUCAGAACUUUGAUGACCUUUCUAAGACCCACGACUUCCUCGAUAUGCAGAUAAAUGUGCUGGAGACAUGUUUAAGGUCAGAUGCUCUAAAUGUGCCCAGUGAGGAGGCAGUGGUCAUGUCACUUCUUAGAUGGAUACGUCAUGAUCUCCCAGGAAGACAGAAGCUUUUACCAGGGUUACUGUCUCUAACUAGACUUCAUCAUCUUCCCACAACUGCAUUAAAGACUCUGCGUGAUUCCGACACUCUGCUCAGUGAGGAUGAGUCGUGUCUGGCUUUGCUGUCAGAGGCCCAGGACAGACAGAGUCAAUACAGCGGCCUGCUCACUGACGCCAGGCCUGCCACCACACAGAGCUACAUCUACAUCCACAAAACUGAGGAGAAUGGAGAGAUCCACCAUACCUUCUGCUACUGUCUUGAAACAGACCAGUGGAAAGAACUAGGAAUGGGGCAUGGAGGAGGGGCAGCCACUGUGCCAGACCCACCAGGAUCCUACCUGACCAGCUAUGCUGAGAAGAUGUUUGUGACAGGUGGUUGUCGUGGAAACUGUUGCCGGGCUAUACGUCUCCAUGUGGCUGAGCCUUUUCAUGAUGCCACAGAUGAGGUGUGGUGCUUUUGUCCUGUGACUCAGACCUGCACACCUGCACCAGCAAUGCUGAAACCCCGAACCAUGCACACCGCAGUGACCUGUCUGGAUCGAGUUUUCGUGAUUGGGGGACGCACCAAGGGAUCCAGAGGGGGAGCUCCAAGUCUACUGGAGGUGGAGUAUUACGACCCCCUAUCCCAGACCUGGAGUCCUGUCAGCCCACUGCCCACUGCCAUCUUUUACCCAGAAGCCAGUGCUUGUGGCAGUAUCAUCUACACUUUAGGCUCAGAGGUGGAGAUCACAGACUCCUUCAACCCCUCACUCGACUGUUUCUUCCAAUAUGAUGCCCAAAAAGACCAGUGGAGCCGCUUGGUAGCAGAAUUUGGCCAGUUCUUCCACGCGACACUGGUUAAGGCAGUGUCUAUUAAAAAUACACUGCACCUCUGUGACCUGUCAACGUAUAAGGUUUACAGUUUUUGUCCAGAGACCUGUGUGUGGAAGGGAGAGGGGUCGUUUGAGUGUGCAGGGUUCAAUGCCGGGGCUGUGGGUAUGAGGGACAGAAUCUACAUCCUGGGUGGAGACUAUUCCCCUGACGAAAUCACAGAUGAAGUUCAGAUGUACCACAGUGGGAGGAGUCAAUGGGAAGAAGUGGCACCGAUGCCCAGGGCGCUCACUGAGUUCCACUGCCAGCUCAUCAGCUUCAAUAAAUACAGGGACCCCUGGGGUGAUGCAUCAUAACCUGCACAGACAUCUGGAUGUACAUGUGUGUUCCAGGUGUCACCGGUGUAUCCAUGAUGUUACCUUGGCCCUCAGUCUCCAGUGCAUGACAGCUGCAUUAACUGUUUUGACACAUUCAGAAAACGUGUAUGUCCUCAACUAACAGCACGUCUCAUCUUACAGAUCACCAGUACAUGAACACAUCUGAGCCAAAUGAUUUAUUUAUUUAUUUAUGUAUUGUCCAUAUUUUUGUAUGUAUAAAGCGCCCCCUGUCAUAGGAUAUCUGCUUUGUCAAUCACAAUAUGGCCCCUCCCAUGGAGGAGCCCUGUUGAAUAGAAAACUAUUUUGAAAAAUCUUAUUUUAGUAUCUGAUUUUUUUUUUUUUUUCCAAUAUUUGAAUCCAUGCAGAGAUUAAUCCAACUUUAGCAGCUCUCUUUAGUGAUGAAAAAUAAUAAAACUUCACUUGUAAACUGUUGCUUUUACGCUUAUAUUUAAAAUAUUUUGCCUCUUUUGAAUUUUUCUAUAUUUGAGAAUUACAUAUUUGAGUAGUUUCUGCUUCAUUUGCUUAAUUUGAUGUGGACUUAAAUUUUAUUAUAUUAUUGAAAAAAAACAACAACACAAGUUUCCUAUAUUCAGCUAAUAUGAUCCUGUCAGUUAUUUCAUGUGAAUCACUUUUCUAUUUUAUUUUUUACAUUUUCCUAACAUUGCCAUUUUUUUUCUUUGAGAGCAUGUAAUACAGUACAAAAGAAUACAGUUCAAAUAAGUCAAUGUUAAUACUGUGUAAAUUAUCUGGAUGGAUUUUCAGUUUCAAUAACUUGCCUUUUUCAGACUGUCAUUUAUCCAUGCAUGUCCUGCUUCUCCUCUCAUGAAAAAUACAGCAAUACUUGGGAACAAUAGAUCAAGAUGUUCUGAUCCAACUGUAACUGAUGUGCAAUAUUACCUGUACUUGCUUGGUAUAAAAAAAAUGCAGUAGCUUUAGUCUUUUACCACAGCUUACUGUCUCUGAAAUGAGGAGGAGAAAAAAAGGCGUCAUGGUGUAAAAUGUGUUAUGGAACAAAAACACAACUCAACAAAUGUCUUUUAUGACAAGAAAUAAAUAUGAACACAAAGCCUGA